AUGAGUGCUGCCUUCGCAAGGAGUGCUGCCUUCGCAAGGAGUGCUGCCUUCGCAAGGAGUGCUGCCUUCGCAAGGAGUGCUGCCUUCGCAACGAGGGCUGCCUUUGCAGGGAGUGCUGCCUUCGCAAGGGGUGGUGCCUUCGCAAGGAGUGCUGCCUUUGCAAGGAGUGCUGCCUUUGCAAGGAGUGCUGCCUUCAGUGCUGCCUUCGCAAGGAGUGCUGCCUUCGCAAGGAGUGCUGCCUUCGCAAGGAGUGCUGCCUUCGCAAGGAGUGCAGCCUUCGCAAGGAGUGCUGCCUUCGCAAGGAGUGCUGCCUUCGCAAGGUGUGCUGCCUUCCCAAGGAGUGCUGCCUUAGGACGGAGUGCUGCCUUCGCUAGGUGUGCUGCCUUCGUACAGAGUGCAGCCUUCGCAAGGAGUGCUGCCUUCGCAAGGAGUGCUGCCUUUGCACAGAUUGCUGCCUUCGCACGGAGUGCAGCAUACGCACAGAGUGCUGCCUUCGCAAGAGGUGCUGCCUUCGCAGGGAGUGCUGCCUUCGCAUGGGGUGGUGCCUUUUCAAGGAGAGCUGCCUUCGCAAGGAGUGCUGCGUUCACUACGAGUGCUGCCUUCGCAAGGAGUGCUGCCUUCGCAAGGAGUGUUGCCUUCGCAAGUAGUACUGCCUCCGCAAGGAGUGCUGCUUUCGCAAGGAGUGCUGCCUUCCAAGGAGUGCUGCCUUCGCUACAAGUGCUGCCUUCGCACGGCGGGCUGCCUUCGCAAGCAGGGCUCCUUUCGCAGGGAGUGCUGCUUCGCAAGGGGUGUGCUGCAUUUGCAAGGAGUGCUGCCUUCGCAAGGAGUGCUGCCUUCGCUAGGAGUGCUGCCUUCACAGGGAAUGCUGCCUACGCAGGGAGUGCUGCCUACGCAAGGAGAGCUGCCUUCGCAAGGAGUGCUGCUCUCGCUAGGAGUGCUGCCUUCCAAGGAGUGCUGCCUUCGCUAGAAGUGUUGCCUUCGCACGGAGGGCUGCCUUCGCAAGGAGGGCUCCCUUCGCAGGGAGUGCUGCCUUCGCAAGGGGUAAUGCCUUCACAAGUACUGCUGCCUUCGCAGGGAUUACUGCCUUUGCGACGAGUGCUGCCUUCCAAUGAGUACUGCCUUUGCAAGGAGUGCUGCCAUCUUACGGAGUGCAGCCUUCGCAUGGAGUGCUGCUUUUGCUCAGAGUGCUGCCUUCACAAGGAGUGCUGCCUUCGCAAGGAGUGCUGCCUUCACAAGGAGUGCUGCCUUUGCAAGGAGUGCUGCCUUCGCAGGAGUGCUGCCUUUGCACAGAGUGCUGCCUUUGCAGGGAGUGCUGCCUUUGCACAGAGUGCUGCCUCCGCAAGGAGUGCUGCCUUUGUAUGGACUGUUGCCUUCGCAAGGAGUGCUGCCUUUGCAAGGAUUGCUGCUUUCGCAAGGAGUGCUGAGUUCGCUAGGAGUGCUGCCUUCGCCAGGAGUGCUGCCUUCGCAGGGAGUGCUGCCUACGCAGGGAGUGCUGCCUUCGCAAGGAGAGCUGCCUUCACAAGGAGUGCUGCUUUUUCACGGAGUGCAGCCUUCACACGGAGUGCUUCCUUUGACAGAGUGCUGCCUUCGAAAGGAGAGCUGCCUUCGCAGGGAGUGCUGCCUACGCAGGGAGUGCUGCCUUCGCAAGGAGUGCUGCCUUCGCAAGGAGUGCUGCCUUCGCAAGGAAGUGCUGCCUUCGCAAGGAGGGCUUCCUUCGCAAAGAGUGCUGCCUUCGCAAGGAGUGCUGCCUUUGCACAGAGUGCUGCCUUUGCAGGGAGUGCUGCCUUUGCACAGAGUGCUGCCUCCGCAAGGAGUGCUGCCUUUGCAUGGACUGUUGCCUUUGCAAGGAGUGCUGCCUUUGCAAGGAGUGCUGCCUUCGCUAGGUGUGCUGCCUUUGUUAGGAAUGCUGCCUUCGCAGGGAGUGCUGCCUACGCAUGGAGUGCUGCCUUCGCUAGGAGUGCUGCCUUCGCAAGGAGUGCUGCCUUCGCAAGGAGUGCUGCCUUCGCACGGAGUGCAGCCUUCGCACGUAGUGCUGCCUUCGCAGGGGGUGCUGCCUUUGCACAGAGAUCUGCAUUCGCAGGGUGUGGUGCCUUCGCAAGAAGUGCUGCCUUCGCAAGGUGUGCUGCCUUCGCUAGGAGUCCUGCCUUCAAAAGGAGUGCUGCCUUCACAAUGAGUACUGCCUUCGUAAGGAGUGCUGCCUUCGCAAGGAGUGCUGCGUUCGCUAGGAGUGUUGUCUUUGCAAGGAGGGCUGCCUUCGAGAGGAGGGCUGCCUUCACAGGGAGUGCUGCCUUCGCAAGGGGUAAUGCAUUCGCAAGUAGUGCUGCCUUCUCAGGGAGUACUGCCUUUGCAACGAGUGCUGCCUCCCAAUGA